AUGGCCAUGGUCAUUGGCCCUCGCUGGGUCGGUCUAUGGUUGACAUUCUGGACUCUGACGAACACCUUGACUGGGUUUUGGCCUCCUGAUAUCGCCCCAGGCUUCUACAGGUGGGCGUACGCUUGGCCGUAUCACCAUGUGAUCGAAGGUAGUCGUCAGAUUUUAUUUGAUCUUCACUCACGCAUCGGCUUGAACUUCGGGGUUCUCAUCGCCUGGGUAUGCGUCAACACUAUCUUGUUUGUACCGGCAUGUUACGUCUUGCGAUGGAAGGACGAGAAAGAAAUCCGCAAGAAGGAGACGAAGUUGCCACACUUCCACCUGCACAGAUAUGACGUUGAGAAACAAAUACCCAAGCAGCCUGGUGUCGAGCCUCCCAGGAGAAAAAGAGGUUUCUUGCGGGCGUUGUAA